UUUUCUCAGUGAUGUGUAUUAAUAUACGAUAAAUGCACGUGCAUUCUUCACGUAUAAUCAGGCGCGUUCAUCAAUUUCCUUCACAUAAACGGACGUUUUCAUAAUCCAACGAAGAUGGUUAUAUUUUUUCUCGGAGUAGAUCGGAACGUAUGUGUUCUUCACUGAAAAAAAACCCUGAUUUUAGCGAGUUUUACUACUAAGUGACGAAUUCGUUGGAUAUAAGUGUGUGCAUUAGACGGGCUAAUUCUGUUAAAGAUUCGAACCAUGACGGGAGUAUUACAAGUACUGGUAGUGUUCCUAAUGCAGUCUACCGUGACGUCACAACAGUCAUCAGAAGAUCUGCCAAGAGGUCCAUGGCGUUUGGCGUUCAAGUCUGUCCACAAUAAACCCAGUGGACUCUACCAGGACCUGUUUUCCCUGUACGAAGCAGAUGACACCCUGCACGAGGAUGACUUAAGCGCGGUAAAGGACUUCAGCAAAAACAGCAAGCCAUAUAAGUCCUCCCUAUUAGACGACUGGACCAAGAAGAAGAUAAGUGUCCAGGCGGUCAAAAUAUCUUUUUUCAAAGACAAUGAUGAAAAGCGUUUUAUCGUGUUUGAUGGAUCCGGAAAAGACAAGACGAAUUGGAUGAACUGUGAUAACGUUUUAUACUCGUCCUACAGUGAUUUGACUUCAGCGAAGCCUGAAACAUGUGAGAUUGGGAGCAACGCCCUUCUGCGAUUCACAGUGAUGCAACAGUUCCCCUUAGCAAAUCCUUGUGACUCUAUCCAGGGCUGGGCGAAUGUCCGAGACGCCUCAGCAGACUACUUCAGCUGUGACCUCUUCUGGCCUCAUUCUACUACGGACAGACCCUACUUCUUGUAUGCUACGGGAGAUACAGUUGGCUCGUUCAACAACAUUUCAGAGGUUGCUAAGGCUGAUACCAUGGCUAUAUUUCUACAAGUGUGGGACAUGGUGUUCAAGGGGGUAGCGAACCAGGAGACGUUCUUAUGGUACAUCUGGAUGUCCGAACAGACACGCAACGCCAACAGUACUGACGUCAUGACACUGACCACCUCCAGUCUUCAGACGUACAAAUCUACAGUGGUCAACUCAUGGUCAACUUACAGUAUAGACAGGGUUAAGUUUGCCAUGUUCGUGAGUGGAUAUGAGACAGCCUUUGUUGUUUUCGACGGAACAAAUACAGACCGGAACUCUUGGUUUGCGCAUGACAACAUACUAUAUUCGUCCUUCACAGACAUACAGGACCCGAAGGCCGUGUGCUCUAUCGAAGGAGAUGGUAUACGACGUUGGCAGAUUCACAAGACUUCCGGUCUGACUUGCGCAGACGACACUGCGUGGAUGAUGAUUCUUGAUGACGAUAACAGGACACAGUCAUGCGCAUGGGACUACCAGUCUGGUUUCCUGUACAGCCAGGAACCUGUGGCCGUGAACUUUGAAAAAGAGUCCUCGUUUAACGCCGCCAAAGUGAAGCAGGCCAACGUUAUGGGAGUCUUUUUACAUGGAUGGCGUCCGGUCUUUAAGAUAUCAUCAGGCAGUGACCUCGAGUCUGCCAGUUCUGUGUUUGACCUUUGGUCCACCAAUGUCACAGUCAAUGAGGGAUCAGAAGCCGCAAUGUCAACUUUUCCUGGAACUCCAAAUUUCAAAUCUGAGGUCAUCAAUUUAUGGAACAAUCAUAACGUUCGAGCGGUUAAGAUUGCCUUCUAUGCUGGCGGACUACAGAAGGGUUAUGUAGUGUUUGAUGCCACUACGGCUGACCAGAGUACGUGGAUGGACUGUAAGCAUCUCCUGUACACCAGCUAUACCGACCUAAUGACGGACACUCCGGAAAUUUGCAGCAUUCAAGGUCAAGCGUCUGAAGGACGUCGAUUUUUCGUGUCGGGGCCCGACGUCGGCUGCGAGAACACCACUGCGUGGUUUGUGCUACUCGAUAAGACAAACACAGGUUCAUGUUCUUGGGAAACUGCUUCCACAGAUCGUCCAAAAUUUCUCUUCUCUGCAUCCCAAACCAAACAACCUGUUGGAGAUUUACUAGAAGCGGAUACCUUCGUCGUUUACGUAGAUAUGGCAGAGUGCACUACCAAUCCAUGUGAAAAUGGUGGAAGAUGUGAGGAAGUUGGCGGAAGUCACGUCUGUCAUUGUACAAAUGGCUUCUACGGUGCUUCCUGCACAGACCGGUUGGGUGGUUGGUCCUCGUGGUCCAACUGGACUGGCUGCACGGUAACGUGUGGUGGUGGAUUUAUAAACAGAACGAGAUUGUGUAACAACCCGCCAGCAGAGGGCGCUGGUUCCUGCAACGGAGACUCGUCUGAAACAGAACUAUGCAACACCCAAAAUUGUCCAAUCGAUGGCCUAUGGUCGACAUGGACAGAUUGGUCAAACUGUACCAUGGAAUGCGCAGGCGGUCUACGCAACAGAUCACGUGUUUGUGAUAGCCCGGCCCCUCAAUAUGGCGGUCAAACUUGUCCUGGGAACGAUACGGAGGAGACCUCUUGUAACAACCAACCUUGCCCAAUUGACGGGGCUUGGUCCAACUGGGGAAACUGGAGCGAAUGUUCAGUAUCAUGUAAUGGUGGCCUACAGACAAGAAACCGGACGUGUAACGACCCACUUCCUCAGUAUGGCGGCCAAGUCUGUGUAGGGGACGAGUACGACACCAGCAGCUGUCAUAUCAACACAACUUGUCCACCAGUUGACGGGGCAUUUGGAGAAUGGUCAGCAUGGGGACAGUGUUCAGCCAGCUGUGAAGGUGGAAAUUAUACUCGAACACGCGUAUGCGACAACCCACUUCCUGAAUGGGGCGGAAGUAAUUGUACUGGCGCCUUCUACGAAAUUGACACAUGCAAUGAAAUCAAUUGUCCAAUUGAUGGAAACUGGGGAAACUGGUCUGAAUAUUCAGAUUGCACCAACUUAAAUAAGGCGGACAAGAAAUGCGGAGAUGGCCAAAGGCUGCGGACUCGAACUUGUGACAAUCCAGCUCAACAAUAUGGCGGUAUUACCUGCUCCGGUAGUUCCAGUAGCUCUAUGCCAUGUUCAGUAAACUGUUCGCUGAUUUGCCCUGACAACUGGCAAUCGUUUUGUGAAAUGCAAGAAUCGUCCACUGUCCAUCCGUUGUAUUCAGAGUUUCUGAUCGGAGUUGGAGUUUUACUGAGUCUUCGUCAGACUGUAUGACAUCACCAAUGACAAAAGAAGUGUUUAAAUGACUGGGGUUUAAUAGAAUAAGAAGUCCAGCUACUACAGUUAGAUAUAUACCAUUACAGCAAUUGGUAUGAGUGGCAUUGAAGAAUCACAUAUAACAAACUGUGCCAUUCAAUUUCACGUGAUCACCAAAAGUACAUCGGCUUGGGUUAGGCAUUUAAGGACAAGUAAGCUGUAUAAUCUAUCCAGCUGAUCACAUAACAGUUUUCGAAGCGGAAAUGAAGAAUGUUUUAAUUCAAAUCAAUUCACAUAAAAAGACAGCCGGUAUUGUCUAUGUUGAAACAUUGCCGCUAGCAUGUAUUUGGACAUCAUUGGUAAUUAAAAUUCAUCAGACAAUCAUAGAAUUAAUGUCUGCUCAUAUAUACAAAAACGUCUGGUUAAGGCACGAACAAUAUAUUGUAUAACCAAGCAUUCUCCGAUAACAACAGUACGUGUUGUUUUCGGAUUUAAAAGUUUGAGAGAGUUCUGAAACCAUAACAACUUAGAUUUCAUGUCAUACCGUUACUCCAACACUUACUUACAUCAUGAAAUCGAUAUAAAUUCCUUGGCUAUAUGUGUACUGAGUCAUUAUAUAAGUAAAAUAUUUAACUGGAGGUAAUAUGUGUCAACACAGGAAUAUCACUGUCGUGUCCUUUUGAAUUUGAUAAAUACCUGUAUUGGUGUAAUGCAUUAUGGCACCGCUUUGAAGUAUUUUGCUAGGUUAACGAAUUCGAAUAAGGGAAUUGUAAUAUAGAUCAGCGUUAUACGACGAAUCCUCUUGUGCUUAUAUAUAUGAGCAGAUUUAUCCAAUAUAUACGUUUGAAUAAAAGGAAUUAGCGCGGUAGGAAUAGUUGAAUCUUCAAAUAUUUAAUCAACACUCAAACGGAAUUCAACAGUUUUAAACCAUGUUAAUUCCUUUUAUUCAAAAUUUAACCGAUCCACAGAGCAAUUAAAAGUUAAACUAUUUCAUCUCAAUUAUAUGGGCAUGAUUCCACUCUAUAGUAGUACAUGGUGAUGUAGCUAAAGGGGGAUUACUCCGCCAGACAUAUGAGUGUAUCAUUCCAUUGUUAAUGUCAUCAAAAGGUUUCUGUUCUCAUUUUCUGUCAUCAAUGGUUUGCAUUGUGUAUAUGUGUGAUGGAGCGUUUUAAUUGGGUAUGUUUAAUGUAAAUAAAUGUCAUAUCAUGUCAAAUCAUACCGAGGCAACUGGUUUUGUCUCUCAAGAUUUCUAUUCUGUUUCAAAUAUUUGAAUUAUCUUCUAUUGAACGUUUUACCCAAUUGACUGGGCAUCCUUUAAAACCACCUAUCUGACUGAGCAAUGUGAACUUGGGUGAGUGUUAAAAGAACGAUAGUUUAGCUAUUUUAAUUAUCUAUUUUUUUCAAUCAUCUAUUUUACUCUUUAUUUUAGUGUUAUACGAACCAAUGUGAAAUCUCUUCAUUAUGAUAUGUUGACAAAACGUCAUUAUUUACUUGUUAAAUAGGCCUAAUGCGAUACUGAUAUUGUUAUUUAUUGUGUGAAUGAUUCAUUAAAAUGAUGUUAUUAUCGUCAGAUAAUUUCGUGAAUGUGUGUACUUAUGAAAAACUAAUUAUCUGGCUAUUCAACUCUAUCGUCAGAUUAACCGAGCUCACAAUCGUUAUUUACAUUUAUUGACGAGCAUGCAUGUAUGUAAUCUGGCUUUGUAUUUAAAACAGAAAAUUCAGUAUAUAUAUAUUUUUUGGUAAAUGUGAAAAUAGUUACACAAAACACAUAAACAUAUUAAGUAACUAUAAACAUACACCUACAAGUACAUACAACGCCAGAGAGCUGGAACUUACAAACGACACAUACAUAACUACAAACGACACAUACAUAACUACAAACGACACAUACACAACUACAAACGACACAUACGCAACUACAAACGACACAUACAUACCUACAAACGACACAUACACAACUACAAACGACACAUACACAACUACAAACAACACAUAAAUAACGGCAAACGACACAUACACAACUUUAAACGACACAUACACAACUACAAACGACACAUACUUAACUACAAACGACACAUACAUACCUACACAAGACACAUACGUAGCUACAAACGACUCAAACACAACUACAAACGACAAAUACUUACCUACAAACGACUCAUAGAUUACUACAAAUGACUCAUAGAUACAAACGACAUAUACACAAUUACAAACGACACAUACUUAGUUACAAACGACACAUACACAACUACAAACGACACUUACACAACUACAAACGAUACAUACACAAUAACAAACGACACUUACACAACUACAAACGACACAUACAUAACUACAAAUGACACUUACGCAACUACAAACGACACAUACACAACUACAAACGACUCAUAAGAAACUACAAACGACUCAUAUGUAGCUACAAUCUACAAAUCAGUAACUUUAAACGACACAUACAUAACUUCAAAUAGCACAUUCAUACCUACAAACGACACACAAAUAACUAAAAACACAUAUGCAUAACAACAAACGACUCAAACAUAACAACAAACGACACAUACUUAACUGCAAACGACUCUUAAGUUAAAAAAAACGACUCAUACGUAACUACAAACAACAAACGCCAUAACUAUAAUCAACACAUUACAACCAACGCAAACAAAUAUAACGUAAAACAAUACAACUAAAACAACGGCUGCAUUAGUACCAAGUUAUCCAAAACCUGGAGCUUGACAUGUCAACUGACGGAAAGUUAUAUAUAAGAAACCUCAUAUUAACAUCAGUAUUCUUUUUUAUCAUAUGUAGCUGGUUUAUAUUGCUCAUCUGAACAAAUUACAAGUUAUUUUCGGGUGACAUGACGUGAAUGUAUCGUCAACAGGUUUUGAACAGCGUAGCAUAGAUGACAUGAACAAAAUAGAUGUUGAAAACAACAAUAAAUUAUUUGACCAGUCGACAUGCUACAAAUUACAGCAUGGUGUUAAUAUUGCUUGGUGACCUUUCCUCUCAGUGGCCAUUUUGUACGUAUCCAAUGAUAUCUGUACAAAUGCCUAGCUAUGAUUUUUUUUCAUGUAACAUUGACGCUGCAUUAUAACAUAAUGAUAGCUGUGGUCUUACCCGACUGGACUAUCAAAGGAACAAAUACCUGUAGAGGGUAAUCCUAAUGUGAUUCUAAGUUUAAAGGGACAUCACGGUAAACCAAUUUUUAUUUUGUAUUUUUUCAUAUUAUUGGGUAUAUCUUUAAAACAAAUAUCCUUAUGAACAGUAACCAUUCGAAUUUGAUGAUAUAUGUACAUA